AUGUGGUGGUUCUCGAUACCCUUCAUUAUUCUGUACUCGACUCAAUUCUCAAGAGCAGGAGUCCCGUCGAUAUCGCCAUUCGGCUUCCCCGACCGGAAUGAGGUGGGGAGCGAAGUCAAAGCUACGUGCAUAUCGAAUGGCGCGAAGACUUUGACGUUAUACAAGGACGGCUCUCUCUUGCGGAGUGGCGUAGACGGAGUUGAGAUCAAACGCAUAGAGGGUAUCCUGGUUCUCGCAAUCGGCUCUGUCGACGUGAGGAAUAUCGGGAACUACACCUGCCAGGCUGAAAAUACGGACGGAGUGAACUCCGUGAGUGCCUUUCUGAACGUCGCAGCUCCUCCGAGGUGGAUUUCCAAGCCUCUGGGAAAAAUCAUUGUGUCAACAGCGACUGAGCAAGGCCUCCUAUGUGAAGCCUCGGGUCACCCUAGACCCCACGUAUCAUGGAUCUACAACGGAAUCGUAAUCCAUCGCGGUGUUCAUCUACCUUUCGGCAAGAAAGUAAAACGUCAGCCUGGCGCUUACAUUUGCGUAGCUGAGAAUCAGCACGGGAAUAUCAGUCAAGUCGCUCAUGUAUCGAUUCAAAAGAAGCCAUCCAUAACUCCCUUCGGAUUCCCCGAUAGGACGAGCGCGGGCAGUUUGAUCAAAAUCUUCUGCUAUUCAAGUGACGCCGAGCGGCUCCUGUGGCUGAAAGAUGGGACUCCGCUCCAAGAUGGCUCCGAGGGCGUGGAAUUGAAAACCUUUGAGGAUUCCCUCAUUCUCAUCAUAUCACGCGUUCAGCCUGAGAAUUCAGGCAACUACACCUGCAUCGCUGAGAAUCGAGACGGGCAGAGCUCCCACAGCGCCGCUCUGUUCGUUCCCUCGGCGCCGGAAUGGAAAAAACGGCCUCCGGAUCGGAAGAUAGUGUCUUCGAAGGAAAGUGUCGGUAUUCAGUGUGAGGCUUCGGGAUACCCUCAACCCGUGGUCGAAUGGCUCAAGGACGGGCAACGAUUCCGAACGGGUAUUCAAAUUGAACUGCAAUUCGAUGCCCACAGCCAGAGGAGUGUGGCAGGGACCUACUCUUGCAUCGCGAGCAACGAUUACGGUCGAAUCCAACACGACGUACAAGUAUCCAUCGAAUUUCUCGAUGCCGAUUUAUCGAGAGACAUGUCUUGUGGCAUGGAAUAUCUGAUGUUGGUCGUCGCAGUAGAAGUGGUUUACGCAGGGAAGCCUGUCAUCACCCCGUUUGGAUUCCCAGAAACGAGCGCCGUGGGUAGCGUGGUGAAGGCGACAUGUUUCUCGAGCAAUGCCGACACGUCGAUGUGGUUGAAAGAUGGAACGGAGCUCAGGAGCGGCACGGAUGGAGUGGAAAUCGAGAAUUUCAAGGGAGUCCUCCUCCUCUCGGUCGGGAGCGUUCAGCCCGAGCAUUCCGGGAACUACACAUGUAGGGCGAGGAAUCGUGACGGAUACAGUAGUUGGACUGCGGCUCUAAUUGUACCGUCGAUACCGCGAUGGAAAAGGAGACCUCCGGAUCGAGUCAUUCUAUCUGCGGCGAAUGCUUCAGAAAUCCGCUGCGAGGCUUCGGGUUAUCCGCCGCCGCAGAUAACCUGGCUCAGAGACGGAGACGCGUUCCAGGACGGGGAUACGCUACUGCUCGGCAGGAUCGACGGUUCCGCAAGAGGGACAUACGCUUGCAUCGCAAGUAAUGCGAACGGGCGCAUUGCGCAAGAAAUCGCGGUUUCCGUCCAGAGCGUGCCCUCAAUAUCCCCUUUCGUCUUCCCGGAGAAAAAUUCGGUGGGGAGUCUGAUCAAAGUCACAUGUUUCUCCGCUCAAGCCCAGUCUCUGACGUGGUUCAAAGACGGGAGACGACUCGUCAGCGGAAUUGGGGGGGUCGAUCUGAAAGACGUCGAAGGUGUUCUUCUCCUGGUCAUUCAGAAUGUGCAACCGGAGAAUUCUGGCAACUAUACAUGCGUUGCCCGAAAUCAGCACGGUACCGCGAAUUACAGUGCCCUUCUAAACGUGACGGCUCCCCCGAAAUUUCGGAACAUUCUCAAAGACAGAACUAUCACAUCUCCGGAUGAGUUCAGUCUGGAAUGCGACGCCUAUGGCUUCCCAGAACCAGAAAUCACCUGGCGUAAAGAUGGGAAAAUCCUCAAAAGAUCGAGACUCCUCACUUUCGGAGGGGACCUUCGAUCGCCAGCCGGGCGGUACAGCUGCUCAGCAACCAAUGAAUAUGGGUCAAUCGAGCAAAGUUUCACCAUAUCGGUAUCAACUCCCCCUACGGUCGCCCCAUUCUCGUUUCCCUCUGACGUCCCCGUCGGAACGAAAAUCAAAGUCAUGUGCUCUUCCCUCGAGGAAAGUUCUCUCUCGUGGAGGAAGGACGGCCAGAACAUUCAGAAUGGAAUCGACCCCAGUAUUCGCCUGCAGCACGUCCAAGAUGUGUUAUUGCUAUUCAUAACUGAGGUACGGUUGAAACACGUCGGCAACUACACGUGCUCAGCGCGGAAUCGUCUCGGCGUCUCCGAAUUCAGCGCGUUCCUCUCGGUCGCCUCCCCUCCUGUGUGGAAAGUGAAACCCUCCGACCUGAACGCGAGCAAAAUCGGUCAAGUCGCUGUCUGUGAAGCUGAGGGUUAUCCGCCACCCCAAGUGGUUUGGCUCAGAAACGGAGGGACGUAUACGUGUAACGCGAAAAACCGAUACGGAUCCCUGAGUCAUGACGUGGAGAUUUCGAUGACCUUGCCACCGAAAUUUGAGGAGAAGCAUUCGGUAGUCACUGCUCGCAAGGGAGAAAACGUGAAGCUCACUUGCGAACCACAGGGCGACACGCCGCUUCACAUCAAGUGGUCGAAAGGGAAUCGCAUCAUCAACAAGAAACCCAAUGACAGGCACGAGAUCUAUGAAACCUACCAGGAUCAGAGCAUGAAAUCAGAGCUAUUCAUCAGCAACACCGAUCGGAAUGACGGAGCGAUAUACACCUGUCUGGCUGAGAACGAGCACGGCCACGACGAACGGACCAUAAAACUGCUGAUCAUCGAGGUUCCCCAACCACCUCGAGACAUCAAAGUUCCGGAGACAUGGAGUCGAUCCGCGAGCAUAAGCUGGACCCCUCCGUAUUCCGGCAACUCUCCGAUAACAAAAUACACGGUUCAGUACUGGCGGGUGUCCACUUCGCAUCGAUUGGAAGAAAUGGAAGUGAAGGGUACGCAGAACUCCGUGUUGCUGCAAGAUCUCAAGCCAGGCAUCGCGUAUCAGGUCAGCAUCGUGGCCGAUAAUGCGGUCGGGAGCAGCCAGCCUUCGAGUGCGAUUAAUUUCACCACGAGCGAAGAAGAACCGAGUGCGGCUCCAACGGAUUUCCACGUGGAGCCUAAGGGACCGCAUACGAUUCGGGUGUCCUGGAAACCGCCGCCGCGUGAUGAAUGGAACGGCGAACUGCGCGGUUACUACAUCGGCUACAAACCCUCGGGCCACGGGCCAUACUCGUUCAAAACGGCUGAUUACAAAGAAAAUUCGACCAACGAGUUCUUCUUGACGGGGCUGCAAAAAGGAACAGAAUACAGUGUUGUGGCAAAAGCGUCCAACGGAGCCGGAGUUGGAAUUCAAACCCAUGACCUCCAUGUGAAAACUCUCGACGGAGACAUUCCACCUCCCCCUCGGGUGUUCGUCGGAGCCACAGGAACCAGCAGCAUCACAGUUCAAUGGGUCCAGCAAUACCAGAGCAACAUACGAUCGUAUAUAGUAUUCUACAGGCCGGACUCUGACCUGAACCUGGGCUGGCGAGAAGUUCAAUUGGAUAAUCGGGCCUCUCAAUUCACUCUCCAGCAACUCCUUUCCGGGACUCUGUAUCAAAUUUACGUGAGCGCCACGAACGAUUUCGGCAUCGGUGAUCCCUCGGAAAUCAUUUCGACUCGAACACAGAAAUCAUUCUCCUCGGACGUAUCGAAGAUUCUCACGAAUGCAAUCUUCGGAGACGCCAACUCCCCCGCAUACCUCAAUAUGUUUGUCUUGAUCCCGGUUCUUGCUUCGCUGGUCACAAUCGUUGUAGUGAUCAUCGUGACUUGGGUGUGUCUUCACAGAAUCAAAGCGAGACACGCACGGUCGAUGCUCGCUGGACAGGCGAUUCCGAUGGAUCCGAAGACUUACAUGACGAUAGCUCGAUCUCGAAUGGCGUCGAUGGAUGGGAAUUGUGAUCCUCCAAUGCAAACCGUCGUCCGCACGUUGCCGGUCGGAUGUGCGGCGCAAACAUUGGAUGGCAAACAACUCGUAGGACCCCAGCAGACCCCCAAACAAAUUCCACAGCCUGAGUACGGACAAAGAUAUGUGGACAUACAACAACCCCCGCCGCUACCGCCAGACCAUCCCGUCGGACCUCCACCAAAUCUUAUCCAAUUGGAUGACAUCGAGGCGCUCAAGAGACAAAACGUCAAUGAGGAGAUGAAAACCUUCCUGAUGAACCAUAAUGGCUUGCCCGGCUUGCAGAUACAGCAGGCUCAACAGGUUUAAAGUUGCGUUAUAGUUUCCUCCAACUAUUCAAUUCGUGAUGUACGUACACUACACGGCUACACGGAGCCGAAGGAAUCUUCAGGAUCGUGUUCAGCUCCUCUGGUGUCUCGGAAUCCCUCGUUAGUGUCUCGGAUAGUCACCGUGAAAGUUCCUCCCCUGACGUCUCCUGUCAUAAGCUCAGACGGUGCUGCGGAAGACGUCGAGACGCCCUCCGCUUCAUCAUAUUCCUCGUCAGACUCGCUGCACAUCUACGACGCUGCCGAGGAAGAUUGAGCAUCCCGAGCUCAUCCAAUCAUUUACUCCGUACCGUAUUCUGGUCAACCAUCGACGCUAAGAAGCACCGAGAAAAAAGAGAUAUCGCAAUGUGAGUUUCUAGGGUGCAAAUGACCCGCCGAAGUUCCAGUCACACGCGCCUCUUUCCACCGGUAAGCAAUGAAUGCGAGCGCGAAGCGUUUCAAUGUCGAGCGGUAUCCCAAAUAUAGUGAAUG